AUUCUGAUGAAUACCAAAUACCAUUACAUGCAAUUCUCUGUGUCUCCAAAGAUAUCUAAUGUGCUCUCUGUGCACCAGGCUAUACAGAGCACUCUCAUACAAGUAUUUGGUGUUGCUGAUAGGUCAAUAUACCUAGAUAUCCUAUGGGUGGCUGAGGAGGGCAAUGAGACAGUCAUAUGA